AUGGCAAACACGACGGCCAAAGGGGCACUUUCGAUCCAUGGAACCAAUCCACAAUUCUUGAUUGACAAAGUCUUGAGGUCCCGGAUCUAUGAGGCUGAGUACUGGAAAGAAUCUUGCUUCGGACUGACAGCCGAGACGAUCAUCGAUAAAACCGUCUUCGACCUCAAAUACCUUGGUUCGACUAUUACGGCUAACCUCAGACCAACCGAAUUCAUAUGUCUCUUACUGAAACUGUUACAACUUCAACCCGAAAAAGAAAUCAUUUUGGAAUACCUACGCGCCGAAGAAUUCAAAUACUUAAGAGCAUUAGCAGCAUUUUAUGUCAGACUGACAUUUACCCCCAUCAAUGUAUAUCAAACACUAGAACCUCUGCUACAAGAUUAUCGCAAGCUGAGAACACGAAAUUUGGAUGGACCGUAUGGGCUGAUGACAUUUGAUGAACUGAUCGACAACCUGCUGACCGAGUCGAUCGUCUUCGAAAUCGUCUUACCGAGACUAACAUCCAGGAAGGUUCUUGAGGAGCUUGAAUCUCUACCGUCUCGGAAAUCCAGUCUGGCCAGCCACAGUGAUUCCAGCGAAGCCUUUGUCUCCCGUUCCCCCACGCCAGCUGAACAGGAUAAGCCUGGUGAUCGGAGUCCCAGUCGGGCUAGUGAUACCACCGACCGAUUUGUCUCUCGCUCGCCCACACCACUCGACCAAGAUAACCUUGAACAGCCCUAG